CCGGACAGUCUUGAGAAAAGGCAUCUAGCAGGAGAAAGCAGAGAGAACAAGAGGAUGGGACACCACACCUUCUGGGGAUUCUGCCUCUUGGCCUGCUUGGCCGUGACCUCCUGGGUGGAAGGUUCCCCAGGGAUCCAGGGACGAGCCAAGUGUCCCGAAGAGGCCGUUUAUUAUCGACGCUAUUGCUAUCAACCGGUUGAUAUAUCCCUCACCUGGGAUGUGGCCGAGAUCGAGUGCCAGCACCUGAGGCCUGGAGCCCACCUGGCCACUUUUCGGACCGCUGCUGAGGAAAAAAUUGUCUCCUCCCACAUCAGGCGCUCCAGCACCACCACAGAUGCCUGGAUUGGGAUGCAUGCUGUGCGAAUGCCCAAGAAACUCACCUGGGAAUGGAUCGAUGGGACCACCUACACCCCAGGAUCCCUCCUCUGGGACAACCGGGCCCCCAGCACCUCUCUUUCCACUGCUGAAUGCAUCUCCGUCACCAACAUCCAUAUACCAGGAAGUACGGCUCAGUCUCUCUUCAGAGAAAGAGGGGGAGGGGAGAAACGAGGAGGGGGGAGCUGA